UAUUUAGAAUAAACCAUUGUGGAUACACAGUCAUAUAUUCUUGUUCUUUUUCUGUCCAUAGCAAGGGAACAGCUUUCCACCCGGACCGUAUUUUCCAUCCCAAACUUAUUCGAUGCCUUAUCGCAAUCAGAUCUUUGGAGGCCUUUUCCCAUCCAGAUCUAUUACACUCUCAGGAAUGGUGCCACCAAAUGCAACCAGGUUCCACAUCAACCUGAAGGCUGGGAACACCACCGCUCUCCAUAUAAAUCCCCGGUUCAAUGAGAACGUCAUUGUUCGAAACUCCAAACUCAACAACUGUUGGGGGUCAGAGGAUCGCCAUCUCCCCAUAGGGAUGCCUUUGUCCCGGGGCCAAGCCUUCUCCAUUUGGAUCCUCUGCGAAACCCAGUGCUUCAAAGUGGCUGUGAACGGACAACAUCUCUUUGACUACAACCACCGCUUCCCGAAUCUGCGGCAGAUAGAUCAGCUGGAGGUGGAGGGCGACGUAACGCUCAGCGGGGUUCAGAUUUCUUAAAAAGAGAUGUUUAGUUUGGCUUUUUUAAAAUGCAACUUGCACAGAAUUCUCCUUUCAUUCCUACUUCUCCCAGUUGGAGAAGACCAGCUCCACUACGCUCCACAAUUACCAUUUUGCCUGUUAUCUUAAAUACUCAAUAGGGUUGGAAAGAAGCUUUUCGAAAGCUCCCAAGUAAGGAAAUGUUCAUUCCCUCGCCAAACUGCAAAUCCCAGGAUUUUGUCCAAAGGACCCAUGGCAGUUAAAGUACCACGGAUGGGAAUCACGCAAUACUCCAGACGUUGUUGGACAUCUCCGAUGGUAGUAACUUUUUCCCUUGUACUUCAUUGGCUAUGCUGGCCAGGGCUGCUGGGAGUUGCAAUCCAAAAACAUCCUUGGUCUAAAUCGUGAAACUUGGGGUCCGUCCGCAAGACACAACCAGAUGUUUUGGACUACAGUUCCCAGUAUUCCUGACAGUUGGCCAACCUAAACUUCUGGAGGAGCAAAGUCUGAGAACCGCUGGUUUAUAGCAACAACUUCCCCACGACCAUCGAGGUUUCUACACUUCUCACAAAGGCUCUUCCUCCAUUUGGAAAGGUUGAAAUAUCUCUAAGGCUUGGUUUGUUGUUAAUGCAGAGCGUUAAACUAAAAUACGCUGGUCCUUUGGGUCCUACCUUUUUGGCUUUCGCUUUACCUAUCCUUAAAAUCCAGCCUCCUCCGAAGUAUUUGUCCGAAAUCGAAUCUAGUUCCUGACGCUGACACUUACUACGCAGAUAUCAAAGUUUGGAGAUAGGCGACAUUCAAAGUUGGCAUCGACUCAAAAUGGUCGGAAGAGCGGCUUCUCUCAUUUGCCCUUUAAUAUUAAAAUUAGCCCAAGAUGUGUACUUUUCUUAAGAGGCUUCGCCAAUUGACAUCCUCUCAAAAUGUUUUAUGUUCCAGAAACACAGAUUUGCAUUUUUAAAUAUGUAUGUUAACUAGAAGAUUAGGUUGUGUACUCCAAUCCCGAUUCUAAAUUUGGAUCACUUGGUUGCGUUGUCGAUGCUUUGAAUAAACUUAACCCCGUUCGUUCGUA